UACAUUCCCGACCAGUGCAGCAGGAGGUCGCGUCCGCCGCUCCGCCUCCGCUCUUCACUGCACUCUCAACUCUCCCUUUUCUUUGACAUGCUUAGUCUCUGACCGACAGUUAAGUGUUCAAAGGAUGACUGUAAGAGCUGGAAGAUCACACUCGUAUUAUAAACAUUUUACAGUAAACAAUCUUACCAGGAAGUAGUGGCAGACAGCACAUGAUAAUUUUUUCCUUCGAACAUCACCUCCUUCCUGAGACAAUAUUAAGAAGACCAGUGAGAGUGUGUGCAGUCAAGCCUCCCCACACGCCAACAGACAAAACAAAAUUUAUUUUUGCUGAUUGGAGUUUUUGAUGUUAAUGGAAUAGCCUAGCUUCGCCUGGCUCAGGGCUCCGAUGUCACAGUUGUUGAUGGCUCAUCAUUCCACUGACUUUAUCACUUCUCGGUCUCCUACCCAAGUGUUCCUCAUCUACCGCCUCAUCAGGACCAUCUUCGGGUCUCCUCAGCCGUCAACGUCUUGGUUAUCUUGCUUCAUCGUUACUCAGUUCUCAUCGUGAGCGACGUGUUGGGUCCUCGCGCAGCCCUGCCUGCUGCCCGGCCGGAUAGUGAAAGAAACAAGGCACCUACCAGACACGAGGCUCCAGCAAGUGGUGUGCAGCAGGUUGUAGUGUGGGAGUCGACCUCCACCAUGAAGGCGGUGAAGUGCCUAGUGCUGCUGGUGUUGCUGGCCGCCCCUCUCGUCCUCUCUGAUGUCAGAAAGCGACCCAAGAAGGACAAAGAACGAGCUGGUGACGAGGACUUCCACAAGAGCCGGAAACUGCAGUACAAGAAGGCCAAGAAGGGCUCCUCCUACGAUAAGGUGCCCUUCAUAGAUAAGGAAGACCAGGUAUACUGGCGGCAGAAGGCGCAGAAGGCCCUGGAGGAGCAGCUGCGGGUGAGGCCGCAGGUGGCGCAGGCCAAGAAUGUCAUCCUCUUCCUGGGCGACGGCAUGUCCGUGGCCACCGUCACCGCCGCCAGGAUCAUGAAGGGCCAGAGGACCGGCAAGUGGGAGCACGAGGACCUCGCCUGGGAGACCUUCCCCUACUCCGCCAUCAUCAAGACGUACACGGCCGACAGCCAGGUGGCGGACAGCGCGGCGAGCGCCACGGCGUACCUGUGCGGCGUCAAGAACAACCGAGGCACCAUCGGCGUCGACGUCAAUGUCGACCGGGAGAACUGCACCGCCCAGCAGGACGCCGCCUACCACACCCACUCCAUCGCUAAGUUAUCAUGGGCGGGGGUCGCCGAGUGCUGCUGCCGAGCGACGUGUUGGACGUGGAGGAGAACAGCUACGGCUACCGCAAGGACGGCAAGAACCUCAUCCAGGCGUGGCAAGACGACAAGGCUGGCCGGGGCGCGCGCGCCUCCUACGUCUGGAACAGAGACGACCUGCUGGCCCUUGACACCUCCAACACCGACUACCUCCUGGGAGUGUUCGGGUACAGCCACAUGGACUACGUGGUGGAGCGGGACAGUGCUAUGGACCCCAGCCUCCCAGAGAUGACCAAGGCGGCGCUGGAGGUUCUUCAGAGAGACUCCAACGGCUACUUCCUCCUCGUCGAAGGAGGACUGAUCGACCUGGGUCACCACGGCAACAAGGCGCAGAAGGCACUGAAGGAGACGGUGGAGAUGGAGGAGGCGGUGGCCAUGGCGAAGGCCAUGACCAGCGCGGAGGACACCCUCAUCGUGGUGACGGCCGACCACGGCCACUCCCUCACCAUCAACGGCUACCCCUCCAGGCACACAGACAUCCUAGGUAUAGGAGACAUCAGCAGCGAGGACUUCCUGCCCUACACCACCCUCCUAUACGGCAAUGGUCCGGGCUUCCAGCCUCAGGUCAACGGCCACAGAAAAGACGUCUCCAGUGAUGACCUCAACGAUGUGAACUACCGGCACGCCUCCACCAUACCUCUAGACUCUGCCGCCCACUCCGGGGACGACGUCGCCCUGUACGCCACGGGGCCCCACGCCCACCUCUUCACGGGAGUCCACGAGCAGAGCUACAUCCCCCACGCCCUCGCCUACGCUGCUUGCGUCGGGGACGGCCUCACCUUCUGCGGCAGCAACCGCUUCAGGAGGAACCACGCGCAGCAGCAGAGCAGCCGGGGCAAGGCAAGAUGGCGGUCGCACGGAUGAUCCUCAUUGGUCGGAGAGAUUGUGGGAGUAUCCCUCAUUGGUCACAAAACACUGAGUUGGGAGGGUGGUGAUUGGUCGGGGAGAGACCCAUGAGUGGUUAGGAGCAUCACACGAACUUCUCUGAUUGGUCAUAACGUCAAACCAGUAACAUGUCAUCAAUUUGGUCGUUAAUUAUUAUUUAUUUAUUGUUCAGCCAUUCAGGGAUGAGCAUUAUAACUUGAUGGUGAUGCAAAAAAUUGAUUUGAAAAAUAACAAUUAGAAAGUCAGUUCGAGCAACGAGGUGACUGGAAGCAGCCACCAGUGUACUCCCAGCCGCUCACCUUACCCCUGUACCACGACCUGGUGUAACUUGUAUACCCUCGGAGUCCACUGAAUGUUGACCAGACCACACACUAGAAAGUGAAGGGACGACGACGUUUCGACAACCAUGUUUCGUUUCCAUUCUCACUUGAGAAUGGUCCAGGACGGACCGAAACGUCGUCGUCCCUUCACUUUCUAGUGUGUGUAGUCUGGUCAACAUAUUUCAGCCACGUUAUUGUGACUCAUCGUCCACUGAAUCCUUGGGAAGUCUGAAGGCUUCUACUGAAGCCAGUCCAAGUUUUGUAUAUAACCCGCCAUGCACUCUGGUGCAGGUAAAGUAGUUUAUCAACCGCGUACGCUUAAGCUAUACCCAAAAACAAUAUCACACCAACGUCACGUCAUGGUACAGGGGGUUAAGGUGGGUGGUCGAGAGUACCCUGAUUGCUGAUUCCACUCGCCUCAAUGCUCCAGUUGAAUUCCUCAUUGAUAUAUCCCGCUAGUGUGAUAUAUUUGUGUAUGUGGAGGAGACGUGGGCGUGUAAAGUCAUUGAUGAGGAUGUGGAGACGCUUCUAACUGAUAACUAACUCUCCUCAGUCCUCAGUCACCUCACAAAGAUGUCAACGAAACUCCACUCAUCCCCCUCCCCCCCCCGUUCCUAGAUAUAGAAAAAACACAAAAAUAUACUAUAUGUGUAUAUGUAUAUACACAUAUACAC